ACUGGGGCCAGAGACCCAAGUGUGGAGGAACAGGAAAAGGGUGAGGAACAGCCAGAGGAGGAAGAGGAAGAAUGCCGUAUCUGCACUGAGCCUUAUGGGCCUGGUGAGCACUACCUGUUCCUGCUGAACUGUGGUCACAGUCUGUAUGUGGGCUGCAUGUACCAGCUGUUAGGCAUGACCCCAAGAGCUGACCUGGGCUAGGUGUGCUAUCCACUGUGUCCUGUGCUAGAGUGGAAGAUCUGUCAGCUGCAGGAGGAACUGCUUCGAGCUGAUGGACUCUGGUACUUUGCCUACUGCAUUCACCACACCCCUGAGCCCGGGCCCUGGGAGUCCUUAGAGCACCAGUACUGAAUGUGCUUCCUGGCAGGGCCUGUGGGGGAACAGAGUUGUCUCCCCUUCCUGCCCUGCCCUCCCAGGCCAGGUAUCUGGCUGUGGACAUUGCAGGAACAUGGUACUUGUGCCUGCUGCCUGUCACUGGUGAGUCUGCUGGCACUUGAACUGCUGGGGCUGGUACUCAUUUUCAUGCCACCGAUGUUACGAGGGGUGCUCUUCAUGCUCCUUGACCAUUCCAGCCACUGAGCAGGGCCCAGGAUGUUGGCCAAGCUUUGAAGGCCAUGCUCAGAUCUGCUAAUCACCAAUACCAAGACCAGAUCUGCCCAAGAGCCUGAGCCAGCCAGAGUGCUUACACACCCCUGUAGUCCAGAUACAGUCUAAAGCUGAGGAUGGCCUCUGAAGGACACUGGCCCAGAAGGAAGGACACAGUGAAUAGAAUCCCAUGUGUUUACCAUGGACAGGCACUUCACUGGCCACAGGCAGAAGCAGGGCCAUCCAUCAGCUCCUGUGAUCCAGCUGUUUAGGAUGGACACAAAUGUGAGCAGAGGUCUAGCAGUGAUUCCUGGAAGAAGGCAAGGGCUACAGGAACUCUUACCUGGUCCAAACAAGUUGGUGGUGGUCCCUGAAGGCCAUAAUAGCAAGAGAGGUCUGCACUACACAAACCUAGCCUUCAAAAGCUCCUCACCCAAACUAAGAUAGCCUCACUGGAAAGAGUAGCCCAGAGCAGCUGGGCUUUCUACUGCAAGGGCCAAGGACCAAUCUAGACCUUGAAGCCUGCAAAUGCCCAAGGUCCAGCUCUGUUCCUAACUGACCAUACAAUUCAUGUCACUGGGCCAGGAACCCUCACUUGAGAGAUGCAGACAAAUGUAAGGCCCCUCAUGAUUUAUUGGUGACACAUGUAAGGUGGGAUGCUUUAGACUGAGUGCUCUAACCAGCAUAAGAAAGGCUCUCAAUAAACCCUGACUGAUAC